AUGGUACAAUUUGGAGACUUUAAUAGAAUUUGUGAGACGGUGGCCCUCACCUUAUGCCCUCUCGUGGGAGCAGAGGAAGGUAUCGAACCGACAUGCUACUCGAGGAACGUGGAAGUCGCCGGAACGCUGAUUUUCCAGCCUGGUCGUAAGGAAAUUGUCAUGUUCUUCUAUUUGUACAUGAUAGUGACCAUCCUGGAACUACUGUUAGUCUCCGGAAUUGUUCCCACGGCAUCCACAAUGUACCCCUACUUUGUCGCCGCGCAUAUUGGUUGUAUCACCGCUACUUUCUGGUGCUUGCUGCUAAACGGAUUUGUAGGCUUUCAAUUUGCCGAAGACGGCACAGCAUUGUCACUUUGGUCUAUUCGCAUCUCUUCGUUCGUCGUUUUCGCGGCUGUCUACUUCCUUAGCAUCGCUACCUUCCAGAAGAUGGCCGGCUUUGAUCCUCUACACCCAGUACCCCUCUGGAUUGUACUGUACAUAUUUAACGGUGCAGCUCUCGUGAUCUAUGUAGUCCUUCAAAUAGUUCUUGUUUACAACACCCUUGAUGACCGUUGGCCACUUGGUGACAUCAUGUUUGGUAUCGCAUUUUACGUCAUUGGUCAGGCCACGCUCUAUGUAUUCUCCGUCCGAAUCUGUGACACUGCGAAACAUUACAUUGAUGGUCUAUUCUUUGGAACAAUCUGUACACUCUUGGCCGUGAUGAUGGUCUAUAAGUACUGGGAUUCAAUCACCAAGGAAGAUCUUGAAUUCUCGGUUGGAAGCAAACAAAACGUAUGGGAAGUUAAAGAAUUACUUGGGGAUGAUGAAUACACGAAUCAAGGUUCUUUCGGUGGUGGAUAUCCUCAGCCACAAUAUUCCGGAUACAACGAUGGAUAUUAA